AAGAGAGACGGAGAGAAACCCCCGGACGCCGGCCGCGGCGGGAGCUGGCGCAAACAGUCGACAGUCGCUGAUCGCCGCGUGCGCGCCGGGCCGAUCUUCGAGGUUACUUGCGCCCGGCGUCAACUCUCUCCUUCUCUCUCUAUCUCUCUCUCACAUUUUUUUUUAUCCUCACACCCCCUUUUUUCAUCUUUGUUUACGCGCAAUCGACCAUCCAUCGUCUCCUCCCGCGAUUCAUAAAACCCGUUUAACAUCACGCACGGUCGCGAACAUAAACAAACCUACGUUAACUCCGAAUCGGUUGAGACGAUCAACUUCUUCAGGAGAACUCGAGUGUGCCGCGUCCGUGUUUUUUUUAUUUAAAUUUUGAAUUUUCUAAGGGAGUUUCCCAAAAUACGUGACGAUCAAAACUAAGCCACGUAUGUAAUUUCCGUGGGUAGUUUAUUUUUUUUUUAUCGAGUGACAGAAGCGACGUUGAUGGAGCACCAUGGACGACUUCAGGACACGGCCUACAAGAUCCAGUGAGCUCUGCCGCGGAAGAUCGCUGAACCAACGGCGGCGCAGCCGGCGGAGAUAGGAAACUCCUGGAGUCGACACGUGCUCACCGCAUCGCGUGGGGAAACUCGCGAGGAAGAAGGACGUAACAAGAUCGUGACACUGGUCUCCAGAAAACGGGUUUCAUCUUAAGAAUCUUGGUGUAAAACAGCAAAACCAGGAAAGAGCUUUUAUAAGAAUGUUCGCGACCGAGCGGCGGGCGGCUAUCUCCUGAAGCUGCUGAAGCUGCGCGAGGCAGGCCCGCGGGCGCGACUCCUGUGACGCCCGCAGGACUAUUAUGGGAUGGCGUCCCACGCGCCCAGAACCACGCAGCCAGGACGGCACCCCCUCCCACCGCUCGCGGCGACCCUGCAGACCACGCUCGUCGGCCAGCUCUACGGCAACCUCAGCACGGCGACCUCCCCGCCGACUGAGGAGUCGGCGCCGCAGUGGACCGACGUGUUCCUGACGGUGCUGAAAGCGGGCGCCAUGGGCUUCAUCAUCGUCACCGCCAUCCUCGGCAACCUGCUGGUCAUCGUGAGCGUGAUGCGCCACCGCAAGCUGCGCAUCAUCACCAACUACUUCGUGGUGUCGCUCGCCUUCGCCGACAUGCUGGUCGCCAUCCUCGCCAUGACCUUCAACUUCAGCGUGCAGCUGGCGGGCCGCUGGCUGUUCGGCUUCUUCAUGUGCGACUUCUGGAACUCCAUGGACGUGUACUUCUCGACGGCGUCCAUCCUGCACCUGUGCUGCAUCAGCGUGGACCGCUACUACGCCAUCGUGAAGCCGCUCAAGUACCCCAUCAACAUGACCCGGCGCGUGGUGGCCAUCAUGCUGGUGGCCACCUGGCUCGCGCCCGCAGUCAUCGCCUUCGUGCCCAUCUUCAUGGGCUGGUACACCACCGAGUUCCACCAGGGCUACCGGCGCCAGCACCCCGACGAGUGCGACUUCAAGGUGAACAAGGUGUACGCCAUCGUGUCGUCGUCCAUCUCCUUCUGGAUCCCCUGCACCAUCAUGGUGUUCACGUACCUGGCCAUCUUCCGCGAGGCCAACCGCCAGGAGAAGCAGCUCCACUCGCGCAUGGGCAAGGCCAUGCUGAUGAGCCACCACCACCGCAACAGCAGCGAGUACGGCAACGCCAACGGCGACGUGAUCAGCACCGGAGGAGGCUCCUCCAAGACGCUCACCGCGCACGAGGUGCACCACGGCGAGGGAACCUUGCACUCCACGCCCACCAAGGACCGCAACAUCAUCAAGAUGAAGCGCGAGCACAAGGCGGCGCGCACCCUCGGCAUCAUCAUGGGCACCUUCAUCCUCUGCUGGCUGCCCUUCUUCAUGUGGUACGUGAUCACGUCGCUGUGCGACGACAGCUGCUACAACCCGGACAGCGUGGUGGCGCUCAUGUUCUGGAUCGGCUACCUCAACUCCACGCUCAACCCGCUCAUCUACGCCUACUUCAACCGCGACUUCCGGGAGGCGUUCAAGAACACGCUGCAGUGCGCCUUCUGCAGCCUCUGCCGGCGGCCGCCCUCCGACCUGGACGCCCUGGACGUGAGGCGACACUCGCUGCGCUACGACGAGCGGACCAAAAGCAUCUACUCGGAGACAUAUCUCAAACAUAUCGACAGGAGACGUUCGAGCGAGUUCGGCAGCAGUCUGUGAUGUGAAGGUAACGUUAGGAUCACGGUGACCGAGUUCAAUUGACGACUAGGAAAGUGCGCUCCGUACCGAAGACUUGUUUGACUUAUUGCGUAGCCAUGGCAUUAUUAUUUUUUUCUGUUUGUUUACGAAAUUUUAAUGAGCGAUUCACCAGGAAAUUCUUGUGCCGACUAACACCGGGGUGACUAACUGUCCUGCAUCUUGAUUAAAGAUAAACUAGUCAUUUGUCGUUGUAUUAUUGUGUGAUUAUAAACUUCCAACAGAUUUGAACAAACGCUGUGAAAUAGCUUAUAAUUUAGUCAAUAUAUACGGGUACCACAGCAUAGUAUUGUGUAUUGAGUUAGUUUGAAACAUAAACAAUAUUUCUGUUUCCAAAUAACCACUUUCUUGAUAAUUCUUUGCAAUAAUGUCUUAUUUGGAAAAUGUUCUAAUCUCGAUAGUAAAUAAUAGUGACUGAUUUCCACAGUUGUCAAAAUUAUGUUUUUUUUAUGUACGUUUAAUAGAAUGUAAACGUUUGUUUGUAACACUGUCAAUAAAAAUAAAA